AUGUCUUUACUGCCUUUAAAUUCAGAGCUGGAAAGUUUAUUAUCGCAGUACCUUCCAAAAUCUAACGAGGCAAAGCCGUUUGUUACCUUGACCUAUGCACAAUCGUUAGAUGCACGGAUUUCCAAGGGCCGUGGUUUACGAACUGCUAUUUCUCAUGCAGAAACAAAGACCAUGACACAUUUCCUUCGAUCUCAUCAUGAUGGCAUCCUAGUUGGUAGUGGCACGGCGCUGUCCGAUGACCCUGGGUUGAAUUGUAAGUGGGUAUCUAAGACCAGGCAAGCAUCACAGUUGGCUGAUAUUUCUCCACGUCCCAUCAUCCUCGAUCCACAGGGCAAAUGGAGAUUCAAAGGUUCAAUGAUGGAGUCGCUGUAUUUGUCAAAGAAUGGCAAAUCCCCCAUUGUGGUAGUUACUAAGUUUCCGGAAGUUCGGGAUCCAAACGUGGCAUAUAUGCAAAUGGAUAGAGGUGAUGACGGUUUGAUUGACUGGAACACACUUUUCAAUCGAUUAUAUUUGGAAUACAAUAUGAAAAGCAUAAUGGUAGAAGGUGGAGCUAUGGUUAUUAAUGCCCUUUUGAUGCGGCCGGAGCUGGUGGGUAGUCUGAUCGUCACAUUGGGUGCCGUUUAUCUGGGUGCUGAAGGCGUCCAAGUGUCACCACCUAAACAGGUGGACCUUGUAGACGUAAACUGGUGGAAAGGUUCCAGGGACGGAGUUCUUUGUGCUAGGUUAUACAAGGUAUGA